AUGUGUCGGGAUGAUAAGGACGGAGGCAUCCUGACGGACCUCAACUCGUUAGGUGAUCAAAAGGAUUUGCCACUGACGACGGUCAGCCCGAAUGAAUUACCCGCUUUGCAACCAUCACUGGAAGAGGCGCGAAGUUCAUCCGGACCAGGGGAUGGGUUCGAGGGACGCAAAAGACGCCGGCUAGGUCGGAAGCGAAAGCGUAGGCCCCUGCACGACGGCUACUGGCAGGGGGACGCCGGAAAGGAAGAUGAACCGGCUGAGGCUUACUACCGAGAUCCGGAAGUUUCCUCUCAGGCUCCGAUAGGCCCACGGAAACGAGACCGAGGACAAUCCAGAUGGGAAGGUAUACGAGACAGUUCCGCCUACCGCAACCGCCAGGAUCCGUGGGCCAAUCCUUACAGCGAUGCCAUCGAUCCCAGUGUUCCAUCGAUCGUCGGCAACAGGAAUGCACCUUUGCGACCAUCACAGGAAUCUUCUGGCAGCAGAGGUCGUGAGAGUUUUCCUCCUAUUGAAAGCAAUAGGCAAAGAAAAGUUCACUCUCGCGAGGAGACGACCACGCAAAGCAGCGGCUACAAGUCUUACCGGAGACCGUACUCGCAGGCUAAGCGAAUCGAGGAAGAGAGUGCAUCAUCAUCUGCUGACUCCGGACGCAGCUCAGCGGCCGAGCUGAAAAAUCUGUUAAAGCAGUCGGGAGGACUUAGCCUAAGUGAAAUACUGCAACAACGAAACAUAUCGCUGCAGGAUUUGCUCAAAGGAAAACAGAUGGCGUUGGCAGCUUUGACACAAAAUCCACUGGACGCGACGACGGUUACGGAAUCGGAAAACGAAGUCGCCUCAAUCAUACCGACAGUUCCAAGUAUCAAGCCUCGGAUACCAGAGGAACCAACCCGAAGAACCGAUUUCCAGGAGGCGAAGUCUAUGAAGAGAAUACCGGUGUUUUCGCCAUCCGCUAAUCCGGUUGUUGCAACGGAAGCUCCUGUAGCUUCUACGGCAAUAGCAUCGAGUGAAAUAUCUCCUUCAGGACCAGAUGGGAUCAACUCAGUUGAUGAUAUAAUAACCAUUGACAACCUGGGCGAUCGUAACGAUAAUGUAGCAAUUUUUCCAACGGUCGAGAUCAAACAGCUUGCGCUUAAUCCCGUACUCCCGACCGUGAAAGAGGAAAGGCUCCGCCCGAUCAAGGGAAUCGCAUCUCGAAUCCGCCCGGAUCUGAGCAAUUCCAACAUACGGACCGAGGAAAUCUUCAACAGUCCCAAGAAGCGUCCCGAGUUCCCUAGAUCAUCUAUCCCGGAGUCUUGGGCCACGAGUACCACGACUUCCACUACAGCGGCUUCAAACCGUGAAAAAUGGACUCCAUCACCGGGACUGAACGAAAAGCGUGAACAGUUUCUAGCCAAGCUAGCCCAAAGCAAAUCCCGUAACCGUCUUUCGUCAACUGCGUCCACUGAGUUCUCCAGCAGCAGUCCAGAGGAGGAACCUUCAGAGCCAGAACCGUCUCUUCAAAGUAUUAUUUCCGAACCACUCCUUAUGAGAAUACCGACCACCCCUAGGAACCGCAUUGCGAUAAGACCCAAGUUCAGAACCAACGACUACACUUCCUCAACCCAGGCACCCGAACCUACAAAGGAAAACCCAUUCCUAGCUGAUAUCGAAUUCCACGACGAGGCAGAAAAUGUAACCAAGCUGCUUGAAGCAGAAGAACCGGAACUCAACAUUAUCGAAAAGUUCACCUCCUUCGAAGAUACCAAACCAGCCAACGAUCCUAGCGCAUCGCUCUAUCCGGCCUCCGAUCAAACCACCGAACAGCAACAGUUCGAAACCAUCAGCGAGGACGAUCUCAUCGAACGCAUCAACCAAAACACUCAACGCUCCUUCACCGAUAGCUUCGAAGAGCUGCUCCGGGACGUCACCGAAAGCAAUCCCUCGCUCUUCAACGAUCUACACCCGAUUACUCUCUCCGACGAUCGGGCCGAAAUUCUCGAACUCAUGGAAGACCGCCGCAUCGGUUCUCGCCUGGCGAAAGUUCUCUCGCAGCGAAACAUGACCCUGGAUCAAUUGCUGGAGCACCGCAAACGCGGAUCGAGUCAGCUCCAUCUCUCGGAAAUGAUCAACGGCAAACCCAAGCCUCUGGAUGGUAAAAUGGACAUCGUCACAGCCUUUGAACACUUUCCCCGCUUCAACAUCGGAAACCUCCGCAGCAUUCGCCCGGACGACAUCAAAAUGGACUCCCAAGGCUUCAGCUAUUUCACAUCGAUCAUUAACAUUCGACCGACCGAUGAAGCCUUCAAAGAGGGUCGAUCGAUGCAGGAAAAAGCCAACAACCGUCACUACAAACUUCCCGACUGGAGGCUGCCAGGUCACGCCACCCAUCGACAAUCGUCCGAGGUUCAUUUUUUAGCUAACGGCGGACACUCGAGGGGAGGCCUCAUAGUCCCUUCGCGAAUGUCCGCCGACGCUGAGUUCGAUAGUUCCCGCGAUGAUUCCCAACCCCGGGAUCUGCUGGAUCUUGAGCUGAGUGGCCACGGGUAUGGCCAUCACCGGCACGCGGUUACCAUCGAGAGCACCAGCAUUCCUCUGGGCGUUCGGUCUGCGAUCGUGGCCAGUGCCUGCAUCGUGGGCGUCUCGCUAACGAUCUUCGCGCUCAUCUUCAGCAUCUGCCGAUGGAGGCAGCGGCGAAGAAACAAACUCAACUACACGGAAAACUUCAACAUGGCCAAGGGUCGGCUGCCCUCGAUCAUCCACGGUGUCGCCGAGGGUUUGAAGACGUCUUCGUCGCACGAUCAACCUGCCCCCUCGGUGUACACGGUUCAGCAGACGUUGCAGCGCAAGGAAAGCCGGGCACACAUGAUGGAUCCGAACUCGCAACAGGUGCAGGAUUACCUGUGGGACAACAGGAGGAAGCCGUUUCAGUGAAGAACCAGCCGGAGCCCGCCGCGAUCAUCCGGUGCGAAACCAUUGACGAGGAAA